AUGGAGUUAAGGUUUAUGGCAGACAGAAAAUAUUUGGGACUUCCUACAGUAGCUAGAAAAAAUAAAAAAUUGUUGUUUUGCACUCUUAAAGAUCGCAUCUGGAAGAAGAUCACUGGAUUGGAAGGUUGGUUACUCUCGAAAGCUAUGAAGGAAGUUUUGAUUAAGGUAGUUUGCCAAGCUAAGUCUACUUACUCAAUGAGCAUCUUCAAGCUCCCCAUUGGUGGUCUAAGGGUGCUACGCGAGAGAUUCAUUGGAAAAACUGGAAAGCACUAUGUCAAUAUAAGUCGAAAAAAAGGUUGGGUUUCCGGGAGUUAG